AUCAAACUGAUGACAUAAGAAGUAAUAUCCAAAAGACUUGCAAAAGUAAAUCGCCUUCAAAAUCAAAGACGUCAAAAGAAACUAAUGAUGUAAGAACACCAAAAUCUACAAAACGUAAUCUCACUAAAAUAACAUGUGAUAGUCCAUCAAGAAUUCCAUGUCGAAUAUCAGGAACACCAACAUUGAAUAACAGAGGGUCACUAGACAAUACCGAACUAGCAGCCACCUUAGCUCAAAUGUUCAAGUCAAUCCAGCAGAUAGACAAAAACUAUUGCAGUAUUAUACGAGCUGACCACACCACUCAGGAAAUCUCAGAUAAACUGAAAAAUGUAGAAGACUGCAUCACCCGCCAAUCAAAAGAAAUACAGAAAAUCAACAAACUACUUGAAAACAAGAUCAGAACAGAUGGAUCAAACAAGGCAACAGAACACUAUAUAUCAACUGGAAAAACUGGUGACAAAACAGGCAACAAAGAAGAUAUGGUGAAACUAAUGAGUAAAAUAGAGAAAAUUGAGAGUUGUGUUGCAGCAAUAGAAAAAACAAUAUACAUCAACAACAAAGCUCUAACCUCCAUAUCUACCUCACAAGAAUUAACAAAAUCAAGCAUACAGAAACAAAAGGAUGCUUUCUCCAAACUUCUGCUAGAUAGUAAGUUUAUCCAACAACAAUUAGAAAAGAAAGAAGAGGAAAUAGAGAUAUUAAGACUGGAAAAUGGGAAACUUAAACAGAAAAUUACAGAUUUACAACCUAAUUUGCAAGACUUCCAGUCUCCUAAUCCUUUCCAUGUCCUAUCAAUGGAAAACACCAGUACAAACCAGGUAGCUUCAGAAGAUAAUAAAAGUAAAAGCUUUCAGUCAGUGAAAUAUAGAAAGAAUUAUGGAACAAGAACCAUCCAAACAUUAAUAGUCGGCGAUUCCAUGUUGAAGAACAUAGAUCCCAGACGUAUGUACAAACAAACUUUCAUUAAAACUCUUCGUGGUCGUAAGAUAGCAGAUAUUGAUGCUUACAUACAGAAUUAUGCAGUAGAAGACAUCCAGAAUAUUGUUAUCCAUGCAGGCACUAACAAUAUCUCUGAUGGCUGUACCAUUGAAUCAUGUAUAAAAGAUUACACUACUAUGGUUGACAACAUCAAACAGAAAUAUCCAUCAACAAAAAUCUGCAUUUCGUCAAUCACACAGAGAAGUGAUACUACCACCAACAAGACCAUAGAUAUUCUCAACAAUAAGUUGAAGAAUAUCAGCAGAGAUAAUAUAUCAUACAUUGAUAAUAGUAACAUCAAACCUGAUAUUCACUUAAUGGAUUCAGUUCACCUGAAUGAUCAAGGUACUGCAGCAAUAGUGAAGAACAUGAAAGAUGUUAUUGGACCACUCAUCGGAGUGAAAAGAAUAGAAAGAAAAAACAACAAAUAUAGAAGUAACAAUUAUCAAUCAAAGCAACAAACCAAUAAUGGAUAUAUGUAUCCACCAUAUGGAAACCUAUUUCCAUUUAAUCUUAUGUCAUUUCAUGGACAACACUUUCAGCCAAAUUGGUCACAAAUGUAUGGUCAGAGACCACAACUCAAGAAAUAA